CACUUUAUUAAAUACUCCCCGCUACUCCCCGCCUUCGGCACGAGUUGUCGGAAUGUCGAAUGGACAAAGCGGACCAUGAUUCGUAAAUGAGGAAUCCAGCAUCUGGUUUUGAGGUUUGCCAUUGAAAUUGAAAAUGCGGCGAGAUUUCUUUUCCUGGAAAGAGCGAGCUCAUAUCUACGUACACAGACUUAGACGAGUAAUACCGUUGAGAUAUCCCCUACCUGCCAGUGAGAAAAUCCAGCCACAGGUGCUACUCACAUGUGAGUUCCAAACCGAGCGGGAGUGUACAUGUCCUCGUACAUGACUCGACUAGGAUUGUUGGUUUGGUAGUCGAGGUCCUCCAGGACAAGUCUAUGUGUGUGUUUCAGCUGACUGAGGGGAAAUUGUAGAUCAAGGAAAUGGUUGCUGUGGCUCCAGGAUGGAGCGAAUUUGGAUUUAUUGGGGCACGGACAAAGGCCGUUUGAAGUGCAAGGCUUAUAUCGUGAUUUGUGCCCUUCUAGCGUUUGCAUUCAUUUCUGGUCACCCUGGAGCGCCGGUUAGAUUUCCCUCCGUUCAAGAUGUGGUUUGGCAUCAUGAGCAAACCGUUGGCAUUCUUCGAUUUCAUGGGGGUCGCCAUCAUUCUUUGAUUCAUUGUAAUCUGAUCAUUAUUGAAAGAGUGGAAAAAGAAUAUAAGCAGAAGGUGCUGGAGAAUCUGGCAAGGAAAUAUCCAAUUCAAGAGGUGGAUUUCAAGACCAUGUUGGGCAUUGUUGGUGCUUGUAAUGAUCUUCAACGAGGCCGAGAUCCUCCUUUCAAAUCGUAUCCCAUUCGACCCAUUUUGAGGAAUCAUACCAAACCUUUAAGCCUUUUAACGAUGUUAAAAGGAAUUGUGCCAGGAACAAAAUGGUGCGGUGUAAAUGAUAUUGCCAAUAACUAUCAUGACCUUGGAGAGGACUUUGAGCUAGACAAAUGCUGCCGUGCUCAUGAUCAUUGUCCAGUGAAGAUCAAGUCUUUUAGCGAAAACUAUGGAGUCCGCAACAACCAUCCCUAUACAAAGUCACAUUGCGAAUGUGACGAAUUGUUCUUCCAAUGUCUCAAAAAAUCCCGAGAAGACAAGGCACACGCCAUAGGAAAUGUGUUCUUCAAUGUCUUGGGACUCCAAUGCGCCGAACCUAGUUUUUCUAAAGUAUGUCUAUCACGUGAGAGAGUGUCCCCAAACCAUCGAGAUGAAUUCCAAAGUAGAGCCGAAAGCUCUAAGGCCAACCAAACCAUGGAGAAACGCCUUCUGUUUAACUGGUUUCAAACGCCACAAAAUACCCACGAACCACGGUGCUUAAAAUGGAUCGACGAUCCGGAUGGCCCUCUUCAAUUUCGUUUCCGAAGUCCACGACGUCAGUUCUAGACGUUAAAUAAAACAUUGAGAUCACUCUGUGCAAUAAAAACACAACCUUUUUC